AUGAAAAGAAUUAAGAUUCCUCACCUACCCUUGUAUGAAAAGAAGGAGGUGAUCAAAGAAGUCGAGAAGGACAGGCGAUAUGCUAUCGAUGCUGCAAUUACCCGGAUUAUGAAGAAGCAGAAAGUUUUGGAUCUUCAACAAUUGUUUGUGGAGUGUGUUGAAAAAUUGGGACAUAUAUUCAAGCCUGACAUAAAAACACUCAAGCAGCGUAUUGAAAAUCUUAUUGACCGAGACUACUUGGAGAGGGACAAGGAAAACCACAACAUUUUUAAGUAUCUUGUAUGA